UAACUGGACUCUGGCGUGGCGACUAGGGAGCGUAGCUACGGGUGUGAAAAUCAAAAGGUUUUCAAUAUUGCUCUCGAAAGCACUGGUGCGAGACUCCCGCCCUCUCCUCAGUGGCUUUUUUGAAGCCCUAAGUGAUCUAUCCCUCCGCCAAGAUGAAGCUCGUCAGGUUUUUGAUGAAGUUGAACAACGAGACCGUCUCGAUCGAGCUUAAGAAUGGAACUGUUGUUCAUGGCACUAUCACAGGUGUGGAUAUUAGCAUGAAUACCCAUUUGAAGACUGUAAAACUGACACUGAAGGGAAAGAAUCCGGUAACGCUUGAUCACCUUAGCGUGCGGGGUAACAACAUCCGAUAUUAUAUCCUUCCAGACAGUUUGAACCUUGAGACUUUACUGGUAGAGGAGACACCUAGAGUGAAGCCCAAAAAGCCAACUGCUGGGAGACCUAUGGGACGUGGUCGGGGUCGUGGACGUGGCCGUGGACGUGGCAGGGGUCGCUAGUAGUAUUGCACCGAUAAUUUUUGCAAUUAGUCUCUCGUGUAGCUUAGAUUGUUCUGUUUUGAGUGGGAAGUGCGCGUCAGUCCAAAGGGCUUCACUGUAUUCAUUAUCCAGGAUGGAUGGGCUAAUGGUUUGACUUGCCUUAGAAAUACCAAGAAAUCGUUUUGGGAAAAUUAUAUAUGGUUUGUAUAUCUGCGUCACUUCCAGAUUCAGGAACCAGGGAUACUGUGGUUUGUUAUUCACCAACAGAGCUUAUUCUGCAGCAUCUCAAUGGUUGCUUUAAUGCUUCUUGUGACA